AUGUUCAACAGUCGAAGACUCGGCGAACUUAUUGUUGUUAGUUCCAAAGCUUUCGACCCUUCUCGUAAUGUCGCUCAUUCCGCUCCCUUCGUUCGUCGCUCACCAGCAGAUGGGACCAAGUACUCCGUUCUACACAUCCCCUGGACGAAGACUUCGCACGUGGAAGGAGCGGACAUUAUUUUAUCCAAUAUUGACAAUAUCACGAAUGCGUUCAUGGCCAUCGACCAUCAUCUUGUCGCCAACGUGGCUGUUCCAUCCAACGCACCCUUCUUCGCAUACGAGACUACAGACGGCAAAUGGGCUGCAAUGACAAAGCCGUGGUUUUUAGCACGCUGCAAUCAGGUCUGGAGAGCAGCCAACCUAUUAGAGCUUACAGGGCACUGUUUUCGCAUCGGCGGAGCAACAGAACUCCUCUUGCGUGGAGUUCCACCUGAUGUCGUUGCAGUUCAAGGCCGCUGGAAAUCACGAGCCUUUCUAGAGUAUUGGCACAAAAUAGAAUCAAUCUUGCCUCUUUUUGUUACUUCCUCGUUCUCGGACUCACGUACAGCUAUGAUAAAUGCAUCAAUGGACUCAUACGCGCGUCGUUAUAGUUAA